GGAGAAGCGGCCAAGAGUCGCGGCGGGCACUCGCUGCCCCCUUUUUUCUUCCCUGAGCGGGCUGUACAAUCCUCGGCAGUGUCCUGAGACUGUAUGGUCAGCUCAGGGACGGCUCGGUUCGGAGAGCAGGCUCCUUCGGCAACCUUCGUCCUCCUGCUCCGCGUCUGAAUGCGCGGAGAGAGCGCCUAGCCCGGGGCCCCUUUGGCGGCAAGGAACCUUAAGCGCGGGGAAGGCAGAAGCGGCGCAAAGGGCCAGCGAAGCCACCCAAGCCCAGCGCCUAUCAAAGGCCUUCGGGGACCUUCCCACCGACUGAAGCCAGCUCCCCCCACCCCGCCGCCCCGCCGCCUGGAUCUCCGUGCGCCCGGGCUGCCCUUAGCCCACCAGAGCCUUCGCCUUCCUCUCCUGCCGUUUGGGUUAAGCGACGAAGAGGGGGAAAGAGCGAAGGGGGCAGAGCAGCGGGAGCGGCAGAGGCGUCCAGGAUGACAGCUGAGAAGGAAAAAAAGAGGAGCAGUUCUGAAAGAAGGAAAGAGAAAUCAAGGGAUGCAGCACGAUGCAGAAGAAGCAAAGAAACUGAAGUAUUCUAUGAGUUGGCCCAUGAGCUACCAUUGCCUCACAACAUUAGCUCACAUCUGGACAAGGCAUCUAUUAUGAGGCUUGCAAUCAGUUUCUUACGGACACACAAACUAUUGUCUUCAGUCUGCACCCACAAUGAGAGAGGAAUUGAGACAGAUCAACAGCUGGAUAACUUGUACCUGAAAGCUUUAGAGGGUUUUAUCACUGUCAUCACACAGGAUGGAGACAUGAUCUUUUUAUCUGAAAACAUCAGCAAAUAUAUGGGCUUGACACAGGUGGAAUUGACCGGCCACAGCAUUUUUGAUUUCACUCACCCAUGCGAUCAUGAAGAAAUUCGGGAAAAUCUAAGCUUGAAAAAUGGUCCAGGUUGUGGGAAAAAAAAUAAAGAGAUGUCCCUGGAACGUGACUUCUUCAUGAGAAUGAAAUGCACUGUUACUAACAGGGGCAGAACUGUAAAUCUCAAAUCUGCCACAUGGAAGGUUUUGCACUGCACCGGACAAAUUAAGGUCUAUAAUACCUGUCCUCCUCAUGCUCUGUGUGGUUUUAAAGAGCCACUCUUAUCCUGCCUUGUUCUGAUGUGUGAGCCUAUUCAGCAUCCUUCCAAUACUGAUAUUCCACUGGACAGCAAGACUUUCCUGAGCCGUCAUAGCAUGGACAUGAAAUUUACUUACUGUGAUGACAGGAUAACGGAAUUAGUUGGAUAUCAUCCUGAGGAGCUGCUGGGCCGUUCUGCGUAUGAAUUCUAUCAUGCACUGGAUUCUGAGAGUAUGACCAAAAGUCAUCAAAACUUAUGUGGAAAAGGUCAAGUGGUUACAGGGCAGUAUCGCAUGCUUGCCAAGCAUGGCGGCUAUGUGUGGCUUGAAACCCAAGGAACAGUCAUCUACAAUACUCGGAACUUGCAACCUCAGUGCAUAAUUUGUGUUAACUAUGUUCUAAGUGAAAUAGAGAACAACGACAUUGUCUUCUCCAUGGAUCAGACAGAAUCACUAUUUAAGCCUCAUAUGAUGGCCAUGAACUCUAUGUAUGACCAUGGAAUUCCAGUGGCUGAUAAGAGUGACUUCUUAUUCACCAAGCUGAAGGAAGAACCAGAAGAACUUGCUCAGUUGGCACCAACUCCAGGCGAUGCAAUUAUUUCUCUUGACUUUGGAACGCAAAAGCUUGAGGAAAUUCCUACCUACAACAAAGCUGUGAUGACUUCAAACACUCCGUGGUCUCCAGAAGGGAAGAACCAGGCAUCCCAGGCUGAAAAGCUGACUGUACCAUCAUUUACCUUGCCUCAAGUGGCACCUGGCAGCAGCACCCCCAGUGCAAGCAGCAACAGCAGCUGUUCCACCCCAAGUAGCCCAGGAGAUUAUUACACUUCUUUAGAUGAAGACCUGAAGAUAGAGAUGAUUGAGAAGCUUUUUGCCAUGGACACAGAUGCCAAGAAUCAAUGCAGUUCACAGAGUGACUUCAAUGAACUGGAUCUUGAAACUUUGGCUCCUUAUAUUCCCAUGGAUGGAGAAGAUUUCCAGCUGAGCCCUAUCUGUCAAGAGGAGCGUCCUCUGUGUGAAAGUGUCCAGCUUCCCCAGCACAGCUUAAGUAACAUGAACAGUCUCUUCCAACCACUUGCUCCCUCUUCCCAAAGCGACUUCCUGCCAGAGAAAUAUUGCCAGCCAGGAUCUGACAAAAGCAUCCCAGCAGGCCAAGGGACUCUGCCACUGGCAUUCUUCAACCAUGGGAGUCAGUCAUCCUCAUUCUUGCUGCCCUACUAUGCACAAGCCAACACUCCACUGUCUUCAAUGGGAGGGAGACCAAACACACAGUGGCCACCUGACCCACCAUUACAGUAUGUGCCAACAAAAUGGAGAGGAAUCAGCCAUAAGUCUUUAACAAGCUCUGCAUCAGACCCUCCAUCACUGCAUUUGCCCAGCAGAAGCACAGAUAGGAAAAGGUCACUGGAAAGUUUUGGACAGCGUGGCAUAGAUAUAAAUCCAGCCCGAAUAGCUCUUGCUAACAGUCUGAAGUUGAAGCGGCAGUUAGAUUAUGAGGACCAAACAUUUCAACAUCUGAAUGGGACACAAGAUGACAUAUCUGGCCUUAAUCCAGCCCACUUAAUGUUGAAAAGGAUGAAAAUUCUCAGAAGUGAAAACUGUGCAUUGCUUUCAGAAAAGAAGUCACUCAGCACAAGUGUCCUUAAUGAUAAGUUUCUUUAUAACCUACAAAGAUGCCCAGGCCAGCCAGCACAUGUGAUGCAGCAACAACAGCAAGAUGUACCCCUGUCCUCUGGCAACUCUGCAAAUAAUUCCAAAGCUGUGUACUCUCCACCUUUUUACAAAACCCCUUAUCAGGACUUCAGUGUAUCGCAAGCUCAUAGGAUGUCAGGAGUUGCAAGUCGUCUGCUCGGGCCUUCUUUUGAACCUUAUUUGUUGCCAGAAUUAACCCGAUAUGACUGUGAGGUUAAUAUCCCGGUGAUGGGCAGUUCGACGCUUCUUCAGGGAGGUGACUUGCUUCAAGCUCUUGACCAAGCCACUUGAGCAAAUCUGGGUGCCCCCCCCCCCCGGGCUGAUACUGUUCCAAGCAGCUGCAGUUUUAAAAUAUAUUUUUGCAAGUAGACAAUUUCUAAUACCAAUUUACAUUUUUACAAGAUUUUACUUACUUUUUCAAUUUGUCCACUUUACCAAAUAGUGGCCUUUCUGAAAAGUUAACUCACUUUCUUAUUUGCUUUAAAGAAGUAUGCAUCUACUGUAUUUUUCCUUUUAUUCCAAUAAAGUGUUCCUUAGAAAAUUUAUAUUAUAUUAUUCCAUUUUGCUAUGUGUAAUUUAUAUGUUCUGAAAUUUCCUCGAUAUUCAUGCUAAUUUUUUUUAAAAGGCUUUGCGUGUGCUAAUGCCUGUAUGUAAUACUUUGGCUCAAUUUAUUGUAACUGUCUUUUUUUUUUUGCCAAAGAUUAAGUGAAAUAAAUCUUUUCCCUGAUGGUGGUCAGCACUGCCUUAUUCAAACAGAGGACCUGUAUGGCCAUUCCCAAAUUGUUUCUUAAAUUUUCUAGUGUGCAAAAGAAUGCAAACUUCAAUAUUUUCACGAAUCCAAAAAUAAGAGAAAAAUCUUUGUUAAUUCUAAGAGUUAACUGCUGUGUUGCCUAAUCCCUGUAAAAAUAACAAAUUGUAGUCUAACUUAACAUUUGAGGCAAUGUCCUCAUUUAAAACUGAAUGUUCUGGUGAGGCAAACAAUAGUUUGCAAUAGUAUGCAAAACCUAUGCAUAUGAAGAACAGAAAAUGAAGCAAUUGUGAGAAUGGAUCAUUUAGUUCCUGCUUCCUCUGUAACAUUGCAAAUUAUCUUAAAGUGCACUCACAGAUCAUGCAGCAUAGAAACUUGGCUUCAGAGUUUAUCCUGGUUUAGCUUUAAAGAGGGAUGCUUUUUGCUGUUGUGUAUUGAAGAGCCAAAAUUAUCUGGCCAAUCCCUGCCAUGGAUUUAAACAAUAUGAAAGUGCCUUCCUCACCUGACCUUAAGAGAACUCCCACAAUUCAAUGUUUUCCUAAAUUAAAAUAGGUGGGAAAGCUGCUGACUUUUUAGGUUUUAACCAUGUAUUUUGGAAAAGAAUCUAUUUGGAAAAGAAACUAUCUCAUUUUGAUCAGAAUUAAUUCUGCGGAAUCUGUCUAAUUAAGUCAAGAAUUUAAAAGAGAAUUGGGGAUAGUCAUAAAAAAUACUAAUCACCUAUAUUAUUGUAUAUGCUUUAAUUCCCGAAUGUUUUGACCCAAACACCAUGCUGAUUUGAUAGUUUUUGUCUGGGUUAAAUAUUUAUCACAUACUGGUACUUUAUAAUAUCUUUUAAGAUAGAGGCUGAAUUAGGCAUGCUUCUUUGGGAUCCUUUUCUCCAGUUCCAUCCUUUUGUUAUGCCUUGACAGGAAUUGUCUGAAGAUUAUCAUUAACACUAACUGUAGUUUAGGCUUUUGUUUUCCCUCUCAGCUAGCUAGCCACAUCCUUCACAUUACCAAUUUAUGUUCAGAAAUAAAUACGUUUGUUUGCUUGCUUGCUUGCUUACUAUGCUAUAGAAAGCAUUUUAGACUCUGGUGCAGUUGAGAUUUUUGUCACUUUUUUUAGUAUACCUUAAUAUUGUUAAUCUUUCCAUGCAAAUAAUCUUUUAGUAGGUUUUCAAAAGACCAUUCUGAACUUUCAGAAACACUAUAAGAAAACAUGUUGGUGCUCAGGAAUUUAUUUAAAUAGAAGGAGUCCAUUUCAUUCCAUGUUGUCCUGUUUGACUUUAUUGAGUAAACGGGAACAGCUGUAUAUUCAAUUCAGUAAUAAUAUAAGCUCAUGAAUUUAGAAGAUUUAAAUUUAUUUAUUAAAAUUAUAGAACAGAUGUGUACAACCUGAGGCCCUAAGGUCUCAUCUGGCCCCCAAAAGCUUUGGACCCAACCCUUAGAGACCUCCAAAAGUUGUUAUUAAACAACAAUAUUUAACAAGACAAACAAAAUAAAGUUAUUCAAUGUGCAAGUAGAGAUCAGUUGUGUUUGUUAUUUCAAUUUGAAUUCAGUUUAGAUGUAAAUGAAAUGACAUCAUAUUGGACAGCUGCCGCCAGCUUGCCCAAAGUUCAGUGUGCUGCUUGGCACAAAAACAAUUGCACACCCUUUGAAUUUUAGAACAAGCUUUAAAAGGCCAAGGUAGAGCCAGGGAAUCAGGAAAUGUGAUAAUGUUACCUGAUGCUGAAGUCUCACUUGCUUAGAUUAUUAUCUGGUGAAAAUUAGCACCAAUUGAUUUUUUUUUAAAAAAAACAGAGACUUCUCUUAGACUAAAACUGAUUUCAUUGGAAAAUGGGGUUAUGGGGAAACACUCCACAGCAAGUUGUGGGAAGGAAUGAGGACUCUGUGCCCCUGGGAAAAAUCAGAGAGAAAAAAAAAGUCCUGUUGUAUAAGUGGAAUUACAUGGCAUUAAAUUUCACUCUUAGAAAUUAAAACAGUUUUAUUAUAUUUCUCCUUGUGCUCAUUGCCCUCAUAAAGACAAAUGUGUUAGUAUUUAAGGCUCAUUGAAGACAGUAGGGUUCAAGAUGUAGCCAAGCUUUCCUCAAAGUCCUAUUUAUUAUCUUGACUAUCAUUACUACCUUUUGAAGGGGGAAAGGAGAGUUUCAGGCCUAUAUUUAUUUGUGGUUUACUGCUGAAAGUGCCUUAAACAGCUUAUUCCAUAUUUGCUACAAAUAUGGCUCCCAUUCUUCUCUACAUGAGAAAUAUAAGACUCUGCUAGAACUUUGCAUGUUCUUCAUUGAAGGUAUUAAUGGAGCCCUUGUAAACUCCAAGCAGUUGCCUGUCUGCCUUAAGUUGAAGUUUUGACAAACAUCAAUGCUCCAUCUAGUCAAAGCUAAUAGAAAAGGGAAAAACCUAUUAAAUGUGAUGUAAAUAGAUUUUGCUUGCAUUUUGGGAAAAAAGUUCUUCAAGCUAGAUAAACUCAUGAAAGAAGUUGUUUUUGCAGAAAGAUUUUAGAGUAAAAAGUGUUUAGGAAUGAGGUCUGCUUGGGGAUCUUUUUUUAAAAAACCAUUACACUUCUGUUUAUUGAUUCCAUAAUGAAUGGGGGGAAAGGAUCAGAAAUGCUGUAAAGAUGUCCUGGUUCUUUUUGUUCCAGGACAUAAUCUCUCCAUGUUGAAAUACUCAUACUUGGGAAGCAGUGAUGGGAUCCUCCCGGUUUAACAACCGGUUCGGUGAUCACGUGAUUUGUGUGCGCAGUUUGAAGAAAUCUUCACUUCCAGGUUUCUUCGGAGGAGUAACAUAGCUGAUUCGCAUGGCAAUGUGCUCUGCCGCACGAAUCAUCUGAGAAGAUAAAGGUAGGAAAAUAGUGUAGGUGGGCGGGGGGGGGCAUAGGAUAGUCAGGGCAAACUGGUUCACUCCCAGCUUAUUGUCAGAGCUAGCAGUUCACCCGAACCAGUCCAAACCAGUAGAAUCCCACUCCUGUUUGGAGGUUAUUCUGGUCCCCAAAUUAGGAUUUUCAUCAUUUCUCAACAGCUCACUACAUUGUACCAAGGGCAAGCACUUGUGGAAGAAAAGUCUGGAGCAUGUCUUCCAUGCAAGAUGUUAGCCUUAACAUUCUACCACUUGAUGAUUAGCAUCUACAGGUGAGAUUAUAUAAGGCAGAGGGAAAAUCGGGCCAAUCAGAGCAAUAUUUACAGCAAAGGACAAAAGGUAUAGAACUCCGUCAAUUCCAGAAAUUGUUCAGACUGAGAAUUGAAUCUUCUUCAGAAUUGAUGACAGGAAUAUCCUCUGUCUCCUCUAAAAGUAGAGGCCUAAAUUAGAAAUUAUUAAGCAGGUGGUUAAGACACAAAAUGUGGCCCAUGCCACUGAAAAAUGCAUACUCUAGGUUCACAUGAAUUACAAAUCCAGCCAUCAAAUAUAAUUCUAUACCUAUAUGAUAGUAAGCCCUGCUGAAAGAGAAAGGACAUAAUUUUGGAAAGACAUGUAUAAAUUUGCAUUUCCAAGUGUUUGCCUAAAGCCAUGCAAAUUUCAGGAAGAAUUUCUCAAAGGGUAGCCAUCAUAAUAUACCCUUUUUCAGCUUGGUGCUCUCCAGUGUUCAUUACAACUUUAAGAAAUACAGAACCCACAAUACUUUAUAUCAGGAGGAUAUCAGGGGGAGGAAGACUGUGAUAAUACUUUCACAAUUAAUUAAGUAUAUGGCAUAAUUUCAGAUCUGCAGGAAGAGUGUUUUAUCAGAAUAUUGUAUUUAAAAAUUAGGACUUAUGAAGCAUUAAAGUAUUGUUUAUAUAUAGUUUGUCAUAAUGCAUAUGUUCAAAAACUGCAAUGUAUUACAGCUUCAACUAAAUAUAUUUAGCGGUAAAUUUGAUUUGCUUAAUGUGACUCUCAGAUAUGAGUUUUAAUUGGAUCAGAUUUUCAGUUAUCAUAAUAAAGUUGUAAUUUUGGAGGAAACAUUAAAAAUAUGCACAUUAAGCUGCUAAUAUCAAAUAGUUCGCUUUAAAUGAUCCAUUGAUUUACAGUGACAUCUCUGGAGCUAAAGUGGUUGAAGCAAAACAGAUCUGUUUGUGAUAAAGAGCUGUGUGCCUGAAUGGCACUUAUAUAUUGCUAUUUUAUUUUUAUUUGUAGUUUCACCAUUCAAGUGUUUACUGUAACCUUUUACUAAAACUACACUGAGGGAGAGGGAGACCAUGCUUAUAACAUUAACCAUAACUAUUGUCAUAAUUAUUUCAUGUUCUCUCUAUUUUUGAAUUUCUUAUUGAUAAUCUUGUAACUGUAUGGCAACUUUUAAUUCAAUAAAGAAAUGUAUUUUGACACUGAUACUUUAUUAAAGAUUACUGAUCCUUC